GGGGAGGAGUAACUGGCACACGCAAGAACUGCACAGCUGAGGAAAGCACAGACAGCUUUUGUGACUCAAAUAUAGUUUUGACCGUCUUUCCUCCACAACAAGAUGUCUUUAAGCAAAACCGAAGAUGUCAGCGACCUGAGAAUUGUUCUGCUGGGGAAGACUGGAUCAGGAAAGAGCUCCACAGGGAACACCAUCCUGGGACUUAACAAGUUUGAGACAAAGGACAUCUCUCUGUCAUCUGUGACAGCUCAUUGCAAAAGAGAAACAGGGCAAUUUGAUAACAGAGCUGUGAGUGUUAUUGACACCCCCGGGGUCUUUGAUACAUCGAUGACAGAGCUCCAGCUGAAAAGUGAAAUAGAGAACUGUAUCCUGCUGUCUCUCCCAGGACCCCAUAUCUUCCUGCUAGUGAUCAGAUUGGAUGCCCGGUUCACAGAGGAAGAGAAGAGUGCAGUGAAAUGGAUCAAGGGCCACUUUGGUGAGGAAGCCAACAAGUAUACAAUGGUGCUUUUCACUAGGGGUGAUGCUCUCGAAGGAAAGACAGUUGAGAGCGUUUUAGCCGAAAGUCCAGAACUCAAGGAGCUCAUCAGUGACUGCAAAGCUGGCUACACGGUGUUCGACAACAAAGCCAUGAAAAAUCGCACUCAGGUGGCUGAUCUCUUUGAAAACAUAGACAGGACAGUGCAAUUAAAUGGAAACUAUUACACCAGCAGAAUCUACGAAGAGGUGCAGAAAAAGAGGAGAAAGGACGAGUUGUGGAACACGUGCGGAAAUGCCAUGAACGCUGUCGGCAGUCACCUGCUGACGGCAGCAGCAGUCUCAGCCGUGCCUGUAGUUGGUGGGGCUGUAGCAGCAGCAGAGGAACUUGUGGUUCCAGCAUGGUCACUUUUAAUGCUCGCAGGUUCGGGGGCUGCUAAAUUCAUUGGGGGCUGGCUCAAACCUAAACCUAAAUAACUAUUGUAACUUUUCUGUGUGAUUUUGAAAUAUCAAAUAAAGUUUAAAAAUGUG